AUGUCGUCGGCAAAAGCCUUUACCUUCCUUCCCUUGGGGGCGAUCAUCCAGGAGUUCCAUGUCAACGGCAUCAACAUUCUACAAGGCUUCAAGACUGCUGAGCAGUACAAGCAGUACAAUGGUCCGUAUUUCGGCGAGACCAUUGGGCGUAUUGCCAAUCGAGUCGCAAAAGGGAAGAUUAAUGAACUGAAUGGAAAGUCAUAUCAACUCCCUGUGAAUAACGGCCCUAACUCCCUCCACGGCGGUGAGCAAGGGUGGGGAAAGCAUGAGUUCGAUGGUCCGGUGAACGUGGAGCGCAAUGGUCAGGACGCUGUCCUCUUCAAGUACUUGAGCAAGGAUGGUGAAGAGGGUUAUCCUGGUACUGUACAAGUCAGCGUCUGGUAUGUGCAGAAGAAGGAACAAAUCAACGGCACCCAGCAAGAAGUCCUCUACAUCGAGUAUGAGGCGGAACUAGUCGGCGAUGAGGUCGAAGAAACAGCUAUCAACAUGACAAACCACAGCUACUUCAAUUUGACCGGAAAGUCAUCUAUUGCUGGCACUGAAAUCACGUUGAUCACCAACAAGUACCAAGUCGUUGACGAUGGUGGCAUACCCACCGGCCCUAUCCAAGAAUAUCCGGGCAUCAGCUCAGGCAAGACCUUCACACUGGGUGAAAAAGAGCCGGAUGUCGACGAUUGCUUCGUUGCAAACACGGAUGCUAGUAGCGUCCCGGUCGACACCCGUUCGUCACCUCUCCAGAAGCUCGUAUCUGCGUACCACCCAGAGAGCAAGAUUCAUCUUGAGGUUCACUCCACCGAGCCAGCUUUCCAAUUCUACACCGGAAAGUACAUCGAUGUACCAGCUGUUGAUGGCUUACCAGCACGAGCUGCUCGCUCAGGAUUCUGCGUUGAGCCCAGCCGUUACGUCAAUGCCAUCAACGUCCCUGAGUACAAAUCCAUGAUGAUCCUUAAGAAGGGGCAGAAGUAUGGAGCCAAGAUUGUGUACAGGGCCUGGUCAGCGUAG